AUUAGGGAGUCAGUGGCCCUAUCAUACCGUACUUAUAUAUUCUCCACGAUCACGUAUCGUUGCAGUGGGUGUUGCGGACUAUGAUGGAGGAGGUUGGCAGCUUUACUUUUUCCCAAACUACUUCUGCACAAACAUCUUAUGAAAUAUGGCUAUGAGUUGUAGAAUGUUGUCCGUGAGCACCACCCCGGCUCGCGCUUUUGGCUGGCGCGCUGCUCAGCGCUGCGCUAUAGCGGUGAAGGUUGCUCAACCUUCCCAGCCGAACUAUGAGGUGCUCUUUGAGCGCUGCAUUUCGGAAAACAAGCUUGCCAUUGAGCGCUCUAAUUCGGAAAACAAGCUUGCCAUAGAGCGCUGCAUUUUGGAAAACAAGCUGUCUCAGGAGCGGACCAUCGCGUUGGUCGAGAGGAGUUUCCAGGCUGGCCAGUACAUUCUUGGAGGGUUGGUCAUUCUGAACGUCCUCGUUUCGGCAAGCGCGGCGGCAAACGACAGCUACAUCUCGAAGCUGCUCUCCUUCCUGACGGAGCAGGUCAUCAAUCACUAAGACCUGCUUCGGUCGCAGCAUUCAGGACACGAAGACUGGCUGCCAUGAGACGGUUCAGCGCGUGAGACUACACUCAUAGCGCGUAACGCCAUGUAGUGCAUGUGCGCAGUCGUGCAUGCUACUUGCGUUGUUUCCUGAAGUGCCGCACGCGCGCGCCUUCGACAUGCGGAGGAUGCAGCACUAUGUGAGUGGGAGUUAAAGGUGGGAGUCUGAGUAAGGAAGUCAUUUUGCGCGAAGACCUGAUUUUCUGGCUGCCUGCAGGAUGGCAGGCCACGAGGACGGUUUUGGGGGUGGAAGCAGGCAGCAUCUGCUGCCUGCUUCGUCCUCCGGCAGUUUUUUCAUAGGCGUAGGGGUGCCGUACGUCUUGUUAGGUACCAUAGGCAUAUAGAUUGGUGAGUUGGACCUGGCCAAGACAAGUUGGUGGCCUCAAUGGGCUACCCGAACGAUACAAAUCUAGUAAUAACAGCACACCGGUAUCCAGCUGUUAUACUCCGCCAACCUGUCAGCAGCAUAUGCACCCACUACGGGGCAUAAGUCUGUGGGGUCGGUAGUUGCCUUCCGGGCAUUUUCAACUUAGCUUUGGGUGAGCCCAUUGUAGUGCCAUUGUAGUGAGAACAUAACCUUUGGCAGCAGUGUGGACUGUCGUCAUAGCCCAGUAACAAC